AUGAGAUUCGGACGCAUUAUAGAGGAGUAUCUGGAGAACUCCACUUUGCAUGGAGCCAGGUUCAUUGUGGACAAGGAUGCCAGUUGGUUGGAGCGCAUCUUCUGGGUCAUCUGUCUGGUGGUCUCGUGGUAUGCCUCCUGGCUGCUCAUAAAGGCCUCACUGAGUGCCUUUGAGAACAAUGCCAUUAGCUUUGUGGUGGAGAGUUCGUAUCGGGAUUGGAAUACCAAUUUUCCAGCGAUUAUUGUUUGUGAAUCAAAGAAUAUGGAUCGGAUUCAAGAGGUGGCUGAGCAAUUAUGGGGCGCCGAUCAUGACUUCACCUUGGAGGAGGUCCUUAGCGAGAUUGCCUUUUUUAGGGGCGAAUCCUAUCACACGGUCCAUGAGUGCAGUGGUGAGGAGGUCACCGCCUCCUGCUUCUAUUCCAACUUCUCUUACUAUGCCGAACUGGUCAGGAGCAGCUGUGUGGAUUCCAUCAGUAAUUGCGAGUGGAAUAAUCAGCCUUUCGAGUGCUGCAAAUACUUUCAUCGCAUGGAAACGGAGCUGGGAAUAUGUUAUGCCAUUAAUUCACUGCAAGCGGGUAGCAGCAAAGCCCCCAAGUUGAAUAUGUACUCAAAUCGAGACAGCGGACCGGGAGCUUUGAGAAUGGAAUUGCAUACGGAGGCUACGGUUUUUAUUUUGGGCACUGAAGAAGUACCUACAUUAGUCACACCCAAAACAGAUUUCCUGGUGGUUGGACCCUACAUAUCCUUUGUAAGAUACAUCUCUAAGCGUGACAUUGAGAACGACGAGGAGAUCCGUCAGACGAGUGUUCAUCAGCGGAACUGCCGCUUUGCCGAUGAGAAUAUCCUGGAUGUGCACAGUCACUAUAGCUAUAGUGCCUGCACCGUGCAGUGUCGCAAGGAUCGGCAGAUGGAACUGUGCAACUGCUCCAGCCACCUGUCCCCCAACUCACCCGACUGGCAGCUCUGCAAUAUGGAUGGCUUGGAGUGUCUGAAUCGGAACUAUGAGGAUCUAUCGGUGAUCAUAGCCAAAUGGUCAAAGCGACGUGGUCGUAAGGGUCUCGUGUGUGACUGUCUGCCAUCCUGCACGGAAGUGGACAUUACGACGGUCUAUGAUAGCAAGGAUAAUAUGGCGGGACAGCAGAAUCCAGUGUCCAGGAUCGAAGUGGGUCUCAUUGAGCUGCCCACGGAGAGAUAUAAAAGGAAUUUAGUGCGAGGCAAAUUGGAUUUAGUUGUAUCUAUUGGUGGAACUACUGGCCUUUUUGUGGGCGCAAGUCUGCUCAGUUUUGUGGAAAUCUUUUACUAUAUCACCAUUCGGCCUUAUAGCACUUAUAUCCAUGAGAAAAAUCGCCUGAAACGUUUAAUGUUACCCAAAAGAUUUUACUGA